AUGGCGGUCGCGGACGCGCGGCGGCGGUUCGACGACACCGCGGGCCGCGGCGACCCGCGGCGUCCGGGCGCGGCGCUCGAGCCGCGGCUGCCGCGCUCGCGUCUUCCGCCGGAACUGAACCGCCUGAGCCCGUCGCAGUGGGUCAUCGGCCAGCCCAUCCCGCGCAGUGGCCGAGGCGAUCGCCUUCCGCCCGCGCCCCCGCCCCCUCCCGGCGCGAGAGCGGGAUGGUCCUCCGGACCGCGCUUGCGCCCUCACGCGAACCCGACGACGACGACGACGACGACGACGAGCGCGCCGGCGCCGGCGACGCGCGCGGGUCCGACGGCGUACGCUCCCGGGGGCGCGAUGCCGCGGUCAACGCGUCGCGGCGAGUGCGCGGUCGCGACGUUGUUGACGCGCGAGAAGGAAACGCUGGCGGAGGAAGUGAUGGACCUUCGACGGCGGCACAACGAGAUGGAGGCGAAGAUGCGGUCGAUGACCGCGGACGCGACGCGAGCGGACGCGGAGAUUCGCAGGCUGCGAAGGUCCGGGGCGAGAGACGACGCGUCGUCCGACGACGAGGCGGACGCCGCCGUCGCGCCGCCGCCGCCGCGGACGCCGCCGCCGACGCCGCCGCCGUCCGCGGAAGCGCAAGCGGCGGCGCGCCGCCUCCUCACCCUGGAAGUCGAGAACGAGGUGUACGUAUCCGAGGUCAAGAGGCUCGCGAAGAUCUUAAACGACCGCGCGGUGGACGCGACGCGCGCGGACGUGACGCCCUCGAGAACGCCGCCGCGGCCGACGCGCGCGGAGAUUGAAGAUCGCCCGGUGCUCGUGAAGCUCCGCGUUCGAUGCGACGACUGGGUCGACCCUCGCGUGUUGAAAGAAGACAUCGCGCGUUUGAAGCGCGAGAACGCGUCGUUGCGAGCGCAGCUCGCGUUCGGACCCGACGACGCGCCCGGCUCCCGCGACGGCGGGGUGUUACAGAGCGCGGAAGACGCGGAGAGGGCGCGGGAGAGCGUCGCCGCGAGCGAACGGCGGGCGAAGCACGCGCUUCGACGCGCCGAGGACGCGACGCGCGAGUCGGAGCUCCUCCGGAGCGAUAAGAGGGACCUGCACGCGUCGCUGGUGGAGUUUAGGGAGAAUAAGACGACGCUCGAGGGCGAAAUCGCGGGGUUGACGAAGGAGCUGACGCACUGGAGACGGUUGUGUCGAAUGGAGGCGGCGGUGGCGGCGGCGGCGCGAGACGAGGCGUCCGUCGCGACGGCGAGCGCGGCGCGCUCGAAACCCGCGCUUCGGUCGUUGCGCGCGCAAGUCAACGCGCUCGAGACGCACGCGAUGCGCGUGGACGCGUCGCUCGAGGACGCGAACGCGGAGAUAACGCGCCUGAACGAGGCGUUACUGGAAGCGUCGCGAACGCCGAGCCGGCCGUCGAGCGCGUCCAGCGCCGUCGUGCGCGCGAGGGCGGUGCACACGCUCGUCACGAAAGCCGUCGGCGCGGUGGAGAGCGGCGGGGACUCGAUCGAGCGCAUCGCGAGGUUGGAAACAUCGAUCGCGGGGCUGCGGAAGGAGCUGGCGCGCGCGAGAGCGAGGGCGGACGCCAAGGAGGACGAGGCGAAGGCGUCGGACGAGCGCGUCGCGACGCUGCGGCGCGCGCUGCGGGAAGAGCGCGCGAAGGUGGCGGAGGCGGCGGAAAAGCUGGACGCGAUGCGAGACGCGAGCCGCCCGCCGGUUCGGAUUCCGUCCUCGCCGUCCUCGCGGAGAGGAGGAGGAGGACGCGCGGCGACGACGCCGUCGAGGGAUCCAGACGAGGACGACGACGAGGAGGAGGAUGUCGGCCGAGCGCUGGUCGCCCCGGGGGCGGUUGUCGUCGCGGAGCCGUCGCCGGAACCGUCCGGCGGCGUCGUCGACGCGUCGCUCGCGUCGUUGUUUCGGAGGCUCGACAAGAACGGCGACGGGCGCGUGGACGUCCGCGAGCUCAUCAUCGCGCUGCGCAAGAACCCCGACGUCGCGGCGAAGCUGAACCUCCCCUCGGUCGUGAGACAGGAGGACGGCAGCAGGGACGCGUUGGAGGCGUUUUUUCGCGGCAAAGACGCGGACGGCGACCGGCAUCUCACGCUCGAAGAGUUCGCGACCGUGCGAAUGCGCUCGGGGCCCCGGGACGUCGCGAGCGACGUCGAGGUCGGGGUCGAUGAAGAGGCGGAGACGCGACUCGCGCUGCCGCGGCCGCAGCGCGCCGCGGCGGCUCGGGAGGAGGAGGAGGAGGAGGAGGAGGAGUUCGAGGCGAGUUUCGAGUCCACCGCGUCGUCCGGGUACGUCCAGCUGGCGCCUUCGGAGCCGGGGUCGCGGCCGGCGUCGUCUCGCGCGUCCGAGGUGAUCCAGGACGUCCUUAUGCGCGCGGUGGAUUACGGCGUAGAAGCGGACGUCGAGGAUCGCGUCGUCGACCUCGACGACUCGAGCGAGUACACGGACGCGACGACGAGCGAGGAGGCGGAGGGCGAGUAG